AUGGAGACGUGGGAGUUGGUGGAGCGGCUACUAGGUGCCAGGCCUCUGGUGGCUCCACAGCAGGCGGCGCAGAGGAAAGAGUCGUUCAUGCUGAAACUCGUAUGGCUACGGGACCAUAUCCGCCAGAUGCCCCCGACGGAUGACCUAGAGACCCUCCGACAGUACGCUAGGUGCUACAUCAUCUUACUGAUCAGAGGCUAUCUAAUGACGCACAAAUCGAACAACUUGGUCCACCUGCCUUGGCUCCCACUUCUUCAGGACUUCGGGCGGUGCCAACCGUUAUCUUGGGGAUUGGCCAUGCUGGCCUGGACGUACCAGUCAAUGUGCUCGGCGGCACACCGUGGCGUCAUGAACAUCGCUGACUACACCCCGCUGUUGAUGUCCUGGAUAUACCAGAGAUUUUCUCAGUGGUGUCCACCAAAGCGAGGGAUCUACAUAUAUCCUAUGGCUGCGAGGUUGGUUGGAUUGUAG